AUGGCUAGUCAGAACAUGGAAGACAAAUGCGAAGAUAUGCAGGCCCCAACUAUUGGUGGAGAGCCAGAAAACUGGGUCCCACCUGAUACUUCAACUGAUCCCGAGGUGGAGUCAAAGGAGGACAUGGACGAGCACCGUGAGGAAGACGGAGACAAGCACGGUGACGAAGAUGUGGAGAAGCACCGUGACCAAGAUGCGGGUAAGCACGGUGACCAAGAGGCAGAGAAGCACGGCGAUGAAGAUGCGGAGAAGCAUGGUGACAACGACGUGGACAAGCGCCAUGAUGAAGACGCAGACAAGCGCCAUGAUGAAGAUGCGGACAAGUGCCGUGAUGAAGACGCGGAUAAGCGCCAUGAUGAAGACACGGACAAGCGCCUUGAUGAAGACGCAAACAAGCACCGUGAUGAAGAUAUGGUCAAACACAGUGAUGAAGAUGCGAGCCAAAACCAAGGCUCCCAAGAUAACGUGCAAUCAGAAGACCAAAAUGAAAAUGUAGCUGACGUGACAGACAACAUUAACUUCUCAGGCCUCUCCUUCCCCCAAAAGCUUUGGAUGAUAGUGGAGAACAAAGUGUUCAAGUCUGUGAACUGGAGUGAUAAAGGAGACACCAUGGUCAUUGAGGAGGACCUUUUCCAGAGAGAGAUUCUUCGCCGGAGAGGCACAGAGAAGAUAUUUGAAACAGACAGCUUGAAGAGUUUUAUUCGUCAACUUAACCUCUAUGGGUUCAGAAAAAUACGGUCUAACAACUCCUCGGUUCCAUCUCAAGGAGAGAAGAAAAUGAUGGUCUACCAGCACUCCAACUUUCAGAGAGACAAGCCUCACCUCCUGGAGAAGAUCCAGAAGAAAGGAUACUUCCGAAAUACCACUCUGGAAGCAGCUGGUGGACCAGCGAUGAAGAAAAAGAAGCUGGUGGCUACAAGACAUUCCCUUCGAAUCCGUCAGAAUAAUGCCAAGAAGGAAGCUAAGCAAAAGUCCCAGAAAGGAGCCCCCAGUGUUCAGGGAACCAGUGGCACUCAGUCAUUCAUGUGCUCUGGAAUAUCUUCCAUGAGAAGCACCACUGGAUAUCCCCAGGGAAACCGCUACAUUUUUGUGCCAUAUGGCGGAAACCGCUACACUUUUGUGCCAUAUGGCGCAAGUGGGGAAGGUACUUCUAGCAGUGCUGCAUUUACACCCAUAGCUACUGCUAGCGCCACUGGAUAUCCCCAGGGAAACCGCUACACUUUUGUGCCAUAUGGCGCAAGUGGGGAAGGUGCUUCUAGCAGUGCUGCAUUUACACCCAUAGCUACUGCUAGGGCCACUGGAUAUCCCCAGGGAAACCGCUCCACUUUUGAGCCACAUGGCCCAAGUGGGGAAGGUGCUUCUAGCAGUGCUACAUUUACACCCAUAGCUACUGCUAGAAUGGAAAGCACAAGGGAAGGGUCUGCCAGCCCUGAAGUAUACCCAGAGUAUGAUUCUAUACUAACUUUAUAUAACACCUGCUACGCCAUCCUGCUGGCUGCCCUCUCGGUUAUGGGUCCAAAUGAGCCUCCUGAGAGUGAGGAGCCAGAGGGCCCCUCAGAUUAUAAGUGUGCACUAUGUGAACGGUUCAAGGACAAUCCAAAUCCAAAUCCUUGA